AUGGUCUCGAAUGAAGGGACGCUUCCACGCUCUCAGACGCCACCGUCGUCUGAGAAGAACCCGACACGAGAGAGAGGGGGAAGCCACCCGCGACGCCGCCGGAGCUUCCAUUGCCGUCAGAAGCUGUUGCCGUCCAGCCAGCUGCUGCGGUGGUCGUCGCCUGUUGUGAAUGGCUGCCGGAGAAGUGGUUGUGGCUGCCGGAGCCACACCGGAGCUUCUGGCCGUUUAUGCCACUUUAGACCCCGCUGCCGUCGCCGGAAAACGCCUCUGCCGCCGUCGAGAUCCAAUGCCGUCAUCGUGAUUGGAAUUUGUCGCCGCUGCCGCUUGAGGUGGCUGCCGGGCUGCCACCGAGCCGGUUCGGAGACCGCCGCUGUGUCGGUUCAGCCGUUCCUCCUUCGGUUCGAGUUGUUGAGACUGUUGCGAAAGUGGCUUGGAACCGAGGUUUUGGCUGCCGGGAUUUUGAUUGCUGAUCUCGGGCUGAGGCGGAAAGGAUUCUGUGACGCGUUUAGAUUAUGGAUUUGUGUUUUGAGGAUAUGGGCGCAGAAGUCACGAAGAGUUUAUUUAGUUAUUGAUAUGUUCUGUAUUGAAGUAGAUUAUUUAUUGUACCUUCGCCUUUAUCUUGAUAUAUUCUGUGAGAGGGAUAGGGAUUGUAUUGGUUAAUGCUUGUAAAUAUAUUUGUAUAUAUAUAUGUAUGUAUAU